AUGAUGAGGAUUCCAUCCAUGGCUUUGAGCAGCCGGUACCGACUCCGAGGUCGCAAGAUCCCCAUGGAAACGGAGUGCGGGAAAAAAAUGUCGUCCCGCUCGGACAGCGGCAGCGGGGAGGACUCGUUGGACCGGCUCCUGCCCCCCCUUGGGGCCCCUCGAAGGAAGAGCGCUACCUCCUUGAGUAAAACAGAGCCUCCCCUGCUCCGCACAGGCACGCGCACCAUAUAUACUGCGGGCCGACCGCCCUGGUAUGACGAGCAUGGCGCCCAGUCAAAGGAGGCCUUUGUCAUCGGGUUGUGUGGGGGCAGCGCCUCAGGGAAGACCACCGUGGCCAAUAAGAUCAUUGAAGCUCUGGAUGUGCCAUGGGUUGUGCUGUUGUCUAUGGAUUCUUUCUACAAGGUGCUCUCUCCUGAGGAGCAGGCCCUGGCAGCGAGUAACGACUACAACUUCGAUCAUCCUGGCGCUUUUGACUUUGAGCUGCUGGUCGCCACACUACGAAAGCUGAAGCAGGGCAAGAGUGUGAAGAUCCCUGUGUAUGAUUUCACCACGCAUCGAAGACAGAAAGACUGGAAAAAUGUGUACGGUGCCAGUGUGAUCAUAUUUGAAGGUAUUAUGUCUUUUGCAGACAAAGAGCUUCUUCAGCUGCUGGAUAUGAAGAUCUUUGUGGACACAGACUCAGACAUCCGGCUGGUCCGGCGACUCCGCAGGGACAUCACAGAGCGCGGACGGGACAUCGAGGGGGUCAUUAAGCAGUACAACAAGUUUGUGAAGCCGGCCUUCGAGCAGUACAUUGAGCCAGCCAUGAGACUGGCCGAUAUUGUUGUGCCGAGAGGUGGAGGCAACAUGGUGGCCAUCGAUCUGAUAGUCCAGCAUGUUCACAGCCAGCUGGAGGAGCGUGAGCUCAGCGUCAGGGCGGUGCUGGCCUCUGCCCAGCAGACGCAGCCGCUGCCUCAGACGCUCAGUGUGUUGGAGAGCACGCCGCAGGUCAGGGGCCUGCACACCAUCAUCAGGAAUAAGGAAACCAGUCGAGACGAGUUCAUCUUCUACUCAAAGAGAUUAAUGCGGCUUCUCAUAGAACACGCGCUAACCUUUCUGCCAUCUCAACCGUGCGUAGUUCAGACUCCACAAGGCCAGGAGUAUGAGGGCCGCACUUACAAGGGGAAAGGGAUCACCGGAGUGUCUAUCCUGCGGGCCGGGGAGACCAUGGAGCCAGCGCUGAGGGCCGUGUGCAAGGAUGUCCGCAUCGGCAAGAUCCUGAUCCAGACUAACCUCGACUCAGGAGAACCAGAGCUGCAUUACCUGCGUCUGCCCAAAGACAUCAGUGAAGAUCAUGUCAUCCUAAUGGACAGCACCGUCUCCACUGGCGCUGCUGCCAUGAUGGCAGUGCGGGUCCUGUUGCCAGUGUGUCUGCUUGUGCAGGAUCACGAGGUGCAGGAGGAUAAGAUCGUGCUGGUGUCGCUGCUCAUGGCAGAGCUCGGGGUGCACUCUGUGGCCUACGCCUUCCCCCAGGUCAAAAUCAUCACCACCGCCGUGGACAAGAGCCUGGAUGAUUUUUUACAUGUCGUUCCUGGGAUUGGGGACUUCGGAGACCGAUACUUCGGGACAGACGGAUCUGACAACUGGAGUGACAACGAGGACCACGAGCAGCUGUCGUGUUGAUACACACACAUCAGUGACGCUGUGUGGAAAACUUACUUGAAAAUUACCAUACUAUUACUGUAAAUCCCCCUCCUGGGGCAAAAAGAGAAACGUUAUAUUUACUUGUAUGUACUGUAUCUGGAAUUUUCUACUCUAAUGCUACAGAUUAGUUUCCACUGAACCGGAUGCAUGAAGGCUAUUUUGUUCUAUUUCUACAAGCGACUGCUCAACAAAAAUGUUUUUUUAUUCAGGGGUUCAUGGAGCUGAAAAUGUGCCGUCACCUGUGAGUUACAGCAAGGCAAUAACAACCUUACACAUGGCUUUAUCUAAAAUAUGUGGCGAGGUAAAUGCAGUCACACCCAACGCUGCUGUUUUAUAUGUGUAUUGUGUAUAACUCUCACCUCAGGUAGCGUAGCUGUCAGAAGUUUUAUAUUAAACAUGUAUGAAAGAGGCGUUACGUUGUCUUUCUGAAGAGAAUCGUGCCACAGAAUCAAAGAGGUGACAUCAGGAUAUAAAACACAGACUUGCACAUUUAGCUUUGUAUAGCUCAGAUUCAACUUUGAAUUCUCUGCUCCCUCUUAACAGGAUAAUUAACAGCGUAUUGAUUGCAUGUCUGGGCUGAUCAGUGAGGUCUGAAGCACAUAUCAGGACUACAACGAGGAUUAGUAGUGAAUAUUUGUGUCACACUUCUGCCCUGCUGGUUCUCUUUUCUUGUGAUGCUCUUUACGGCCUAAAGGGGUCAGUAUAGCUCACAUUUAGCUGUUUGCAGGGUGAUUUACAGUAUGUCCGUUCCGUAAAUCGGUGGCUCUGUACAGUAGAGAGGAGACACCCGCACGAGUCACUUCCAUCACACAAGAGGAAUUUGCUUAAAAAAAAAAAUUGUAUCAAAUAUGGUGAAGAGGGACUUUAACAUCAACCAAAACAUCUCUGCAGCUUAUGAUGCAACAGUGGCCUGCACAGGAUGCAACAUGAUUAAUGAUAUGGUGUGUUAACAUUCAGGCUCAAACACAAAGAAACUCUUUGGGGUUGAGAGGGCGAGAGAGCACGUUCAGCUCAAUCUGUCCAGUUUGCUGUUCAUUUUAUGUUGUUUAUUCCAAACACCAUAACAAGCCUCCCUGCUCCUUUCUACCCCUGAUCCCUGAGAGCAGAUAAUGCUUGAUAGUAAUAUUAUGUGUGACCUUUUUGCACCGUCCAAAGCUUUUUCCUCUAAUUUAUACUUUGCCUUUUUCACCAUCCGUGUACCUUCAAUGAAUUUGAGCCUCUCAUUCACAUAUUUAUUCACUCAUUCAUGCUCUCCACUCUGUGCAAUACGAUUAACACAUCACAUAAGCUGUGAAUGUUGUAUCAUCUUCACACCUAGAUUGCACUUGGCACCCGGGCUGACAGCUGUGUUUUGGGCUGAUCUCUCUCUUUGUGCGAUGGCCCCUCGCAGAGCGGGUGACACUGUGAUCACGGAUGUCAUGCGAUGCAUGCUGUAUUCUCCAAGACAGCAAAAGACUUGCUUGCCCAUGUGACUACUGCCUCAAGGUUAACCUGUUACUAUGGAGACAAGUCCGCCAAUGAAAAUUCAGCAGACGGUUGCGAUGUUGACUGCAAGCUUUUUGUUUUAAGGGGUGACCUAUUUUUUUUUCUCCACAGCUCCUCAGACGCAGACCCCACUACUCUCGCACAUAUGCGCGCGCGCACGCACACACACAGACACACACUCACACACACUUGCACACAGAUGAAAACAUGGAUAGGCCACUCAGACACACAUGCACAGCACACACAUGUGAAAUGAGGUUGGGAGGUUGUACACAAAAGAAUUGUGUGAAUAUGAGGGAAACACCACACCUUAAUAUAAGUAGUUUGGUUAAUUCACAACAAAAUAUCCACAAUUAUUACAAAAAAAAAAAAAAAUCUUAAUUUAACCCGAGUAAUAGGAAUGAUCUUUUUUUCUUUAGGUGGCCAAUAAUGUAAUUUGAGCUAAAGAUUUUUUUUUUCCUUUCCAAAAAUGAGAGCUGUUUUCUUUGAUCACAUUCAUGACCUUUGUCUUGGAUCAGCUGAAGACAUGAAUCUACUGGCAGCUUUUGAGAUUAGAGGAAAAAUGUUUAAAUUAAAAGAAAAAAAAUCUGA